CAUGCGUAGAAGACACUGCACAAAAAGGAUGACAAAUAUGACAAGUUAUAAGGCCAUUUACUAGUAUUAUUUCAGAUUAAGAUGCCGUGCAAAGGAUGUGAAAAAGAAUGCAAAUGCACACCAGAAAAAUGCGAUGAGCAAUGCAAAUGUGCAAAGGGCAAUAAAUGUAAUUGCCAUGGGGGCAAUGUAGAAAAGACUGAAGGAGUCGCUGCCAAGUCUUGUUGCAGUGCAGGUGGGGGUGAAAAGAAGUGUGGAAAUUAAACUAAUUGUGGCACAGAUUUCGAAAUGAAUGCACAUUUUCCAAUAAAUCUUUAAAUAUUACGUA